AUGCAUUUACAUGAAGAAGUACCAAGUGUUGUGAGAUUGGCAUUGCACCUUCUGGGAAUGCAUAGUGUUAUCUUUAACCCAAAUGAUGAUGCCAUGAAUAUUCUUUCUCAUGUGAAUCAUCAAAAAACAACUCUCACUGCAUUCUUCGAAAUCUGUGCUACUUUAAAAAUUGCUCGACAAUACACAUAUCAAGAAUUUUCGCAACAUUUUGUAGGUUUUGCCAUUGGUAGGUUGUACUUCGCAGACCCAUCGACUGGAGAAUGCUUCUAUCUUCAGCUUUUACUCACCGUUGUUAGUAGCCCACAAUCUUUUGAACAUUUAAAGAUAGUUAACAACGUUCAAUAUCCAACAUUUAAAAGCGCAUGUAUAGCUCUUGGCCUAUUAGAGAAUGAUGGAGAAUGGGAUCAAUGUUUAAAAGAAGCCUCUGUUAUGCGUAGCGGCUCACAACUAAGAGCACUUUUUGCAGUUAUUCUUACCCAAUGUACUCCUACUUAUCCAGAGAAAUUAUGGUUAAACUUUCAUACUAACAUCUGCGAUGACCUUUGUCAUCAAUUACGUCAUGAACAUGCUAUCGAAGAGCCUACUGAGAAUCAGAUUUAUGACUAUGGAUUCUUUCUUAUUAACGAAAUUCUUCGUGAUUCAAAUCACUCACUUGCUAGAUGUCCUUCAAUGCCACUUUGA